AUGAAAGUACUCCGUACUCAGAAGCCAUCGACAGCGUCCCUCCAGCCUGGGCAGCCGCUGAUUAUGGCAUCCUAUGGCCAGAACCUAGAUUGCUCUAUUGUUACUGUGGGGGAUGCAAAUGAAGAUCUCAGUUCUCAGCCGCAAACGAUGAGCAAAAGGCGUGACCCGCCACCAGUACUCUUUUUACAUCCUUCCCCAGGAGCAUCCCACGUCUCUUUGCCCAGCAUACUUGCACGAGGAGUAUCCGUCCCGGGCCCAUCCAGCACACGACGGGAGCAGGCUAAUCUCGAACGCAGUGCAUCUGUGCGGUCUGGCCUCGCUGUGCCAUGUGAUACGCAGCGAUCUGGACGUCCUCCACAUGAUGCAUCAAGCACCCGCCAUCCCGAUAGAGCUGAUGCACUUUGGACUGAGAUGCAGGCGACUCUGGAAGAGGUGGAACUUUCCGCCUCGGGGGGCACGCAUGUCUUUGGGCCUGAACACGAUAUCAAACUUGCAGACCUCCGAACCGCUCAGAUAGCGUUGGCACAGGCCUGGGCAAGGAGUGAAGCGGAUGAUGCAAUUGAAACAUCUGUUGAGGGGGGUAAUGUCCUCACUGCUGGUGGUAAAUUACGAAACCUUCAUGGUUUAGUGGCAGAUGCUCAGGGCACUCAUAGCAGAAGUAGAGCCGACACAGCCCGGAGCACGGUCGGGACGAUCAAUUUGCGACCAGAGAGCAGCGACGGAGGAGCUGACCUCCUCGGGAUGAAACUAGGUGAGGAACCAGCAGUGGACAUAUUACUCGCGAGGAAACGGCGUGAGGCCAACGACCAGUACUUUCAACGAGUCAGCAACGGAGUCAUUGACGUGGUUGCAAAGCUAGAAGAAGUCGCCAUAGCCAUGCGAGCAGUUGAGAUGGAGAGCAAGUAUGUAUGGAAUGAGAACUGA